AUGGCGGAAGUGACGUUGAUUCAAGAAGGCUACGCUCGAGAAAUUAACUCUGUUUUUCAUGCACGCUGCACUGUAUGUUUGAUUUCGCUGAGAAAUGCCGUCAAUGAGACUUUCGAGUUCGAAAAGCAGAAGCCCGAAAUUUCUCCAGUGCAAAAUGUUCUCUUUGAUUGUGGGGCGGCGCAUGAAAGAGAUACAAUUACUGAAAAACUAUCAGAGAAGAACAUAAGUGCCAUCGACGCCGUAUUCUGCUCCCACGGACACUCUGAUCACGUGGGAAACUUGAAUCUGUUUCCAUCAGCCCUCGUCUACUUCCGUCAGACAAGCAAAUAG